GGGGUAUAUAAGAGGCCCAAGCAUUCACAGGGAGCACAGUACGGUUCCCCCCUCUACUCACACGAGCAAACACCAUGAGGACCCUGGUUGUUUUGGCAGUGUUGGGCGUGUCUUCGGUCUUCGCGCAAAUAGGAGACGCGCCAGACGUGGCGGCAGAGAAAGCUCGUUUCUUCGCAACUUUCCGAGCUGUUGAGGCCGCCGCCAAGCCGAGGUACAAUCCCAUCCCCCAACAGUCCUAUAACUCCGGUAAAUACAAUCAUGGACAAUACAACCAAGGACAAUACCACCACGGCUCCUACCAACCCAAGUGGACCGGCCCAGUAGCUGCCACCGUUCCUGCCGGCGUCGAUGGCAGACUUACUCCCGUGUCUGACACCAAUGAAGUAGCUGCUGCCCGCAACGCUUUCUUCAACACCUACCAGGCUCAGGUUGCUGCUACUCUUGGUGCUGGCACCAGCCCUCACUAUCGGGCUUCUCCCUCACACACUCCCUCCUACACCCCCUCCUACACCCACCAGCCCAAGUGGACUGGCCCCUUGGCUGCCACCGUCCCAGCUGGGCUCCCAGGCUCCACCAACCAGGUUGCUGACACCCCCGAGGUGGCCGCCGCCAAGAAUGCGUUCUUCAACACCUACCAGAGGCAGGCAGCAGCAGCGGCUCCCCCAACACGCUACUACUGAACCCUACUGUCAAACUUAGUUUAAUUAUCACCUUCGCCAGCAAAAUUAUGUACCGAUUGUAAAGCAAUGUAAAGAAAUAUGACGAAAAUAAAUAUAUAAUUAAAAACUUCUCUUCA